UCUGCAGAACGUAUUCUACGUUCUUUACACUCCUCGCCGCGGGCGAGAGAGAAGACAUCUGGCAUCGAGAGGGUAGGAAAUGCUCGGAAAUCAAUCCCAUAAAAAUAAACACAUAAUUUGGCCGGAACUUUACAAAGAAAUAUAAGUGUCUGUUUCUCGUUAAGAAGUGUAAAUUACAGAUCAUUAUAAAGUAGUGAGUUUAGAAGUGAAGAAAUCACUUUGUAACUCUUUCGUCAUCUAGUAAUUUUUUUAAAUUCUGUCAACCGACAAAUUGAAGAUUUCAGUGGCACUUUAAAUUUCAAUUUACUUUAAAUUUUCCCUCUUUCCUAAUUAAAUACAGGGUAAUAAUCCUAAUAACUCAGUUGUUCAUCGGUGAAUAUUAUGAUUUUCCCACUGAUUAUAAGUUACCUGUUAACAGCACUAAAGUCAGCAUCCGUAGCCAUUAAUUUACUGCUGAGUUUAAAUUGGUCUCCGUUGCUUUUGCUUUUCAAUUUAAAAACAGACACUGAAUCCUCAGAGUAGAUUAUCUCCGGAGUCCUUUCAAGAUGCACAUGAGCUUAGAGACUAUUGGGCCCUUUCAGAACUCAAUUUAGAACUUAUAUUUCCACAGGAUAACGAGGCUGACUUCCAGGGGGAGAUUAGUUUUCCUUCACCGCUAAUGGCAAUUGAGACUGAAAUGGGUGUGGUCAUUUUCGAUGUGAUUGGAAUGAAUAAACUGUUGAGUGUUGGUACUCGACAGUUGACGCCACUUGAUACUCUCAGUAGAUAA